GCGGCGACUCGAUCUAUUGCUCUGUGUUAGAUUAUUCUUCUCUGGACUCGAUCGAUGCUUUCUCGUUCGAUGACUCGGGGCUGCGGAGCAGUGCAUGGCUGAGUUGUGGAGCUUCGCGAAGAUUUAAAAGCCAGCCAGCAUGGGUCGGCGCUCGUCUGAUAGCGAGGAUGACAGUCGGAGCAAGAAGAAGAAAAAGCAGCGUCGCCGGUCGUCGUCCUCUUCCUCCUCCUCCUCUUCCUCCUCCAACAGCAAGGUGGUCAGCAGCCGGACUCGGAGGUCCAGUCGCCGCAGCCGCUCUCGCUCCAGAGACAAGACCAAAGACAGGAGGAGACAGAGACGUUCCAGCAGCAGCUCGUCCCACAGUCCGUCUCGCAGGAGGAGGAGUCGCAGCACAGAGAGAGACAAGGGGAGGAGCCAUCGCUCACAUAGGUCACGCAGCCGGGACAAAAGGUCUCACUCUCGCCACCGGCGGUCUCGCAGUAAGAGCGGCAGCCGCAGCCGUCGGGGCACCCAGAGCCGCAAAAGAAGUGGCAGCCGCAGCCGCCGGAGGAGCCGGAGCCGCAGCAGAGAGCGGGACCGGAGCCGUCGCAAGGGCCGCGACCGGGAGAAGGAGAAGGAGCGGGACAGAGGGAGAAACAGAGACAAGGACAGAGAGGACAAGAGCAAGGACAAGGCAGCCAGAAAGGCGGAAGCCGCGAACAUCAAAGGCAGAUUAGAACAUCUGACUCCAGCAGAGCAGGCUAAGGUCCGAAUGCACAUGGUGCUGCAGGCUGCAGCUAAGACGGACGAGGUGCUGAAGGCCAAAGUAGCCAAGAGGGAGGAGGAGGCCCGCAUGAAACUAGAGGAUGAGGGGACUUCUCUGGAGGAGCAAGUGCGAAGGAAAAAGGACAUUGAGGCCAUCGAGAGUGAUUCCUUUGUUUCUCAGGCUUUCAAAUCAUCCAGGGAUGACAUAAAGGCUGAACCAGCUGAGGUGAAAGAGGAGUCGCAGGGCGCAGAUUCCCAGGACGUGGCUCUUCCCUUGUCUAUAGUCUACAACGACAGCGACCCGCUCGCCCAUCCCAGUUUGUUCAUGGACAAGGAGAGGGCAGAGGAGCUGUGGCACAACAGAUUGAUAUUGUUGCGGCAGGAGAGGCUCAUGGGAAGUCCUGUGACCUUGUGACCCGACGGACAACGGAAGAUCCAUCAUCUUCCCGAAGCAGUUUGAGCCCUCAGUCUGUCUUAUUUUAGGACUUCACAAUGUUUAUUACUUUACCCUUCAAGUAAUGUCUUUCUUUUGUAAAAACAUGUGAGAGUGACGGAAGUAAAAACUGUUUUGUCCUUAUUAUUUUAUUAAUGUAAUUCAAUUAAACAUUUUCCUGUUCUUAAUCUGACUUGUUUUGUUUUUAAUGAUGGACAAUCUUGCAGUGAGACAUGGUGAGGUGUUUUACUAUUUGGAUCUGUCCGCCUUUUGUAAUCAACUAGGUCAAUAAAGCUAUGAUA